UUGCCCUUCUUCUCAGAAACCCUCCACUCCUCUUUUCUUUCGUUCCAUCCAUUAUGAAUCUAGCCAAUAAGCCUCGCAACGAGCUCUUGUUUGUCAAUUUCAACCAAGAUUACACAUGCAUCUCGGUUGGAACCAAGCAAGGCUACAAGAUGUACAACUGCGACCCGUUCGCCAAGUGUUACGGUCGAUUCGAAGGUGGCACCGGCAUCGUUGAAAUGCUCUUUUGCACGAGUUUGGUCGCCUUGGUUGGCGCUGGCGCACAUCCCGCGUUCUCACCACGACGGCUCCAAAUCGCCAACACGAAACGCCAAUCGACCAUUUGCGAGCUCAACUUUGUCAACAAAAUUCUAGCCGUGAAGAUGAACCGGAAACGGCUGGUCGUCGUCUUGGAAGACCGAAUUCACAUUUAUGACAUUACAAACAUGAAAAUUUUGCACACGGUUGACACUGCGGCAAAUCCGCGGGGUAUCUGCGCCUUGUCACCAAACUCGGACUCCAACUAUCUCGCCUAUCCUGCCAGCCACACGGACGGCAACGUGCUCAUGUUUGAUGCACUCAACAUGCAAGCAUCCAGCGUGAUGCAGGCGCACAAGGGCCCUGUGACGUGCCUUGCAUUCAACUACUCUGGCUCGAUGCUUGCCACGUCGUCCGAGAAGGGCACCGUCAUUCGCGUCUUUUCCGUCCCCGACGCCAAAAAGCUUUAUCAGUUCCGACGCGGCAGCUAUCCUGCCACCAUCUACUCGAUUAACUUUAGCGUGGACUCGACUCGUCUCUGUGUUUCAUCAUCGUCGGACACGGUUCACAUUUUCAAUCUUGGUCAGGAACCCCGUCAAAACAGCGGCGCCUCUAGCAGCAAGGGCGGUGCGUUCUCGCUGAGUUCGUACCUUCCUGAGAUGCUGACCGAGAUGUGGGAUCCCGAACGUCACUUUGCGCACUUUAAGCUUCCCAAUGCCGGCAACGACGUCAUGAAUGUCUGUGCGUUGAGCAGUACACUCCCUCAAGCCAUGGUUGUCACUGCUGAUGGUAACUUUUAUCAGUAUCAAAUUCCCAAGGACGGUGGCGAGUGUACCCUUGUCAAGCAGUACUCCAUCUUGGAUCCGUCGGAGGGAAAGACCAGUCGCACUGCAGCCAGCGACAGUCCUGACGUGGGCUCUUUGGCUGAUCCGACCGCAUGAACACUGUUUCUUUGAUCCAUUUUUUUUUAAAUCUUGUGCAAGCUGACUGGCGUUACUGGUGCUGCGCUCGGACCUCCAUCUUUCAUGUUGCUUCUUUUAUUGCUUCCCAUUAACUCUUUUGCCUCCUCUUCCUGUUUGUCCUUGAUUGGUGUCCUGUUGUGCUGCAGUUUGCGCCUGUUGGAUUUGUGUAUGCUUUUGUGUUGUUUGUUUGUUGUUUUUUCAAUCAAAUGUUGCAAUCCCGU